GCAAUAGGAUUUCCUCCAUGUUCAUAUGUAUUAUCUGGAUUAUAUAUACUAGUUGUAAGCAUCAUUUAGCAACAAGCAUACAACAAAGGAUAAUGAAGCAAGAUUGACAUAAUAAUACUGGACCGGUAGAGAAAGGACAAAGGCCAAUUACCAAGGAAAUCAGCCUGCAGUAUUUGAACAACAGAAAAACAUCAGAUGAUCGACUCGUACGAUGAUUUAAAUGACCUCCAUGAUGCCAUAAAAAAGAAGGAAACUAAAUCCGUUCUGAACAUCAUCUCAAAGAAUGGUGACCUUGUAAACAGGGUCCUGAUUGGCCACACAGCCUUGACCUUGGCCGUAGAUCUCAAGGUCAGUGACGUAAUCGAUGCUGUGAUGACAAGUCCUGACCUAGAUAUCAACACUACGGACAGGUUCGGCCGAUCUGCAUUGUAUUUCGCAUCCAAGACGGGUCAAAUAUCAUUAGUAAGGAAGCUGAUGACACUAGGGGCUGAUAUAAACCAAUCAAAGCUAUUGUUACAUGGUUGUGCUCAUGGUUACCACGACGAUGAGACAACAGUUUACGAACUGGUGAGUUUAGGAGCUGAUGUCAAUGAUGUGGACGAGAAAAAUAGAACUCCACUGCAUAUCGCUGUUCAAAACUCCCUUGUGAAUAUAACCAAAGCUCUGUUGAAAUGUAAUGCAAAUGUCAAUGCUUUCGAAAAUGGAACAUCUCGGACUCCUUUGAUAAUAUGUGCAGGAAAAUCUCUGAUCUCAUAUGAUGCCAAUAGCGAAGAGGAAUAUUCAAGGUCCUUAAAAAUACUAAGUUUAUUGUUAGAAUAUGGCGCUGACAUCAAUGUUUCAGAUGAAAGGGGAUAUACUGCGCUUCACAUUGCUCUACAAAACGGAAACACCUUGGCAGCGUCUGUACUUCUUCACCACGGAGCAAAAUCUUACUCCCUUAAAGAAGAAACAGUCCAAUCUGCCUACGACGUUGCGCUAUCUAAAAAUCAUUUAGAGGUCGCUUUCAUUAUUCUCCUAAAUUUUUAUAGAUACUUUGAAAGCUUUCCUUUAGAAUUCUAUAGGAAGAUGGAAAAGGACUUGCAGGAUAAAGAAAAAGAUAAAAAAUGA